AUGCUAGCCGAAAAAACCCGUGCCAUAAUCAAAGCUACUGUCCCUGUUUUGGAACAGCAAGGUACUGUCAUAACGCGUACGUUCUACAAAAAUAUGCUUACUGAACACACUGAAUUACUUAAUAUUUUUAAUGGGACUAAUCAAAAAGUUGGCGCCCAACCAAAUGCCUUGGCCGUUACUGUUUUGGCAGCGGCUAAGAACAUUGACGAUUUGUCUGUACUUAUGAAUCAUGUCAAACAAAUUGGCCACAAGCAUCGUGCUCUGCAAAUUAAGCCCGAGCAUUACCCAAUAGUUGGGGAGUAUCUACUUAAAGCCAUUAAGGAAGUUUUAGGUGAUGAUGCAACUCCCGAUAUAAUUAACGCAUGGGGCGAGGCUUACCAAGCAAUUGCUGACAUCUUCAUUACUGUUGAAAAAAAAAUGUACGAAGAAGCUUUAUGGCCAGGUUGGAAGCCAUUUGAAGUUACUGCCAAAGAGUACGUUGCUUCAGAUAUUGUUGAAUUUACCGUUAAACCAAAGUCGGAUUCUGGUAUUGAAUUGGAAAGCUUGCCAAUAACCCCAGGUCAAUAUAUUACAGUAAACACUCACCCAAUUAGGCAGGAAAACCAAUACGACGCCUUAAGACACUACUCUCUUUGUUCCGCUUCAACUGACAGCGGCUUGAGAUUUGCAGUAAAGAUGGAAGCUGCCAGAGAUAAUUUUCCCGCAGGAUUGGUCUCUGAAUAUUUACACAAGGAUGCUAAAGUUGGUGAUGAAAUUAAGCUGAGUGCUCCAGCCGGUGAUUUUGCAAUAAAUAAAGACUUAAUAAGCCAAAACGAAAUUCCCUUGUUAUUAUUAUCGUCUGGGGUUGGUGUCACGCCACUUUUAGCAAUGUUAGAAGAACAAGUCAAAUACAACCGAAACAGACCAAUUUAUUGGAUUCAAUCUUCCUACGAUGAAAAGACACAAGCGUUCAAGGAACAUGUGGAUGAUCUAUUAGCCAAAUGUUCGAACGUCGAGAAAAUAAUUGUACAUACUGAUACCGAACCAUUGAUUGAUGCCGCAUUUUUGAAAGAAAGGUCGCCUGCUCAUGCCGAUGUCUACACUUGCGGCUCUUUAGCUUUUAUGCAAUCCAUGAUUGGUUUUCUAAAGGAACUGAAGUAUCAUGAUGAUAUGAUUCACUACGAGCCAUUCGGUCCAAAGAUGUCAACUGUCCAAGUUUAG